AUAAAUUCACGCAUAUAUGAACAAUAUCAUAUGAUCAGAGCCUCAGAGGUUCAAUUUUGAAAAACUAUUGGAUUGAAUAACCGUUGAAUUCACGCCUGAUUUUACAGAGUUGUUGAAUCGCCGUUCAUAAAUAUGGCGUGCUUGUGAGUUUCGGAAAUUUUGAAUGCUAUAGAAGAACCAAACAUGAAAUUCAAGUGUUUAAUCUAAACGGGUUCAUGUCUAAACCUGCGAAACCGUUAACACUUGCAAUUGAUAAAGACGAAAAGGAAUCGAGCCAGUGAUUAAAAUGAUGGAGCAUAAGUGGAGUCCAGUAUCCAUUGAACAAGGGAAUCUUACUUCUUUGACACCAAAAAGGCACAAGGCUGGUUUGUCUAUUUCCCCCAAGGAAAGAAAAGAUAAGGUUGGUGAGAGGAUAGCUGCCCUUCAACAGCUUGUCUCACCAUAUGGCAAGACAGAUACCGCUUCUGUGCUUCUUGAAGCAAUAGAGUACAUACACUUUCUUCAUGACCAAGUCAAGGUGUCGAGUGCUCCUUAUCUUCACAGCAACCCAACAGCUCAGUCUCAGGAUUUGGAUUCAUAUAACCUGAAAGCGAAAGGGUUGUGUCUGGUUCCGGUUUCAUAUAUGAACGGAGUUGGUAGCAGCAAUGGAGCAGAUAUCUGGGCCCCAAUCAAGACCCCUUCCCCCAAAUGGUAGGACAUUAUGGAAGAGUUGGUGGUAAGAAUAAUUAUAUAAAUAUAAAAUGCAUAUAAGUAAAGCAUUUAGGAUAAUAAAGUAUUGGGUUAUAGGGAAUGUAUUUAUUCUUGGAAGGUUAAUAAUAUAUAAAUGAUGGGGUCUUGCAUACUAUGACCAUAAAAAAUCUAAUUAUAGGUGUAUUCGGUUUGUUGCUUUCUUGUGAUAUCUUCCGUAUAGUAGUUGAAACAAAUGUGAAACAAAUUCUGUUGUUUCCUAGUCAUCGAGAUGAGCUCAAUUGGUUUACAACUACAAACGGCAUUAUGUUUGCUUCAACUGUCGUGGAAAUCCAUGACAUAUGUAACGAAACGAUGUCACUUUUGAUUUAGGUUUCGAUUUUCAUUCGACA